AUGUCUUCUUUAUUACGUUCAACAAAAUUUGUACGAUACUUUACUGGUGCGGCAAGAACAUUAAUAUUGAAUUCUGCAAAGACUGCUGAAGCAAACUUACUCAUUAAUCCAAAAGCGUUAUGUGCUAGCAAUAAUGUUCUUACAAGAGAGUAUGCCACUUCAAAAAAAAAUGAAAAGCUGGAGCCAUUGCUACAAAGAUUAGAUUCAGAAGUAAGGAGAUUUGGGAGGAUCACAAAAAAAGACAUUGAUGAGGUUUUUGAUGAAAUACGAUCAAAAAGUGACAUUACUAGCUCACAGUCAUUACUGGUUAUAAGAUGUUGUGGAGAGCUUGUCCCUGAGGAACUUCCUGAACAAAGAACACUGUUAGUACAGAAGAUAUGGGGUGUUUUGGCAGAAAGAGGAAUCCCUAUGGACAUAUCACAUUACAAUGCUUUACUCAGAGUUUAUAUUGAAAAUGAACAUGCCUUUUCACCUGCAAAAUUCCUUGAAGAGUUGGAAAGAAAGGGCCUGCAACCAAACAGGGUAACAUAUCAAAGACUAAUGUGGCGUUACUGUCAGGAGGGAGAUGUUGAGGGAGCCACUAAAGUAUUGGAAAGAAUGAGAGAGUUAAAACUCCCAGUGUCAGAGCCAGUGCUCAAUGCAUUAGUUAUGGGUCAUGCAUUCCAUGGUGACACUGAUGGAGCUAAAGCAGUAUUAGAAACAAUGGCUGCUGCUGGUCUUCAGCCAACUAAUCGGACAUACACCUUGUUAGCCUGUGGAUAUGCAAAACAAGGGGACAUUCAGAACAUAGAAAGUACUAUUAAGACUGCAAUUGAAAAAGAUAUUUAUAUGACCGAUAAGGAUAUUCUAGACAUUAUUGAGCAUCUUGCAAUUGUAGGCCAUGACAGUAAGAUUGAACAGCUUAUCCCUCAUCUUCAAAAAGGUCAUGGAUACAAUCAAGAUGUAUGCAACUUCAUAUUAAGACUACUUAACAAGGGCAAUGAAGAGACAGCAAAAAAAAUGCUGAAAACAAUGCCAAAAGUUUCCACUAGUGAGGAUACACCAUUUAAGGGGGCAUUUUUUGUGAAACAUUUAAUAAAAAUUGACAAGUCCGCAGAGGCCAUUGUUAAAACUUGCAGAGAACUUCAAGAUGAAGGUGUAGUACCAAAAGCACUGUACAUAGCUGCCGAAACAGCUUUGAAUAUAAAUAAACCUGAACUCGCACAGAAACUUUUUAAGGAACUUCAAAAAGAUGGAUUGGAACUGCGACAGCAUUACUAUUGGCCUCUAUUGGCUCAGAAAGGUAAAGAUGGGGAUGAAGAAGGUCUCUUACAAAUCCUUAGAGAUAUGGAUAAUGAAGGUUUUGUUCCUACUGGUGAAGCUCUUAGAGAUUAUGUGAUACCAUAUCUAAUAAAGAAGGACACACCAGAGAAUAUUAUUAUAAAAUUACAAAUCGCAAAUGUACCUAUCACUCAUAGUGCUAGAAAUGUUAUGUUAGAGCUAUUGGAAUCGGGUAAUAUCAAAAAGGCAGCUGAUAUUGCUUUACAGUAUCGUCCAAGAGGACAGUAUUCAUUGAUUUCAAGACCUUUGGUAGGUGCUCUAAAUAAAACAAAAGACAUUGAAUCCUUUGUUACCAUUUUGCAUGUUAUAAGCAGUCAACCUUCAAUAAAUGUUGAAGAAGAUUCUGCAAAUGAUGAAACUCAGAAAGACGAUACUAAAAGUAAGGAAGUAGGGCGUAUUGUAAAAAUUGCUGUAAAGAAUUUGGUUCAACCAGAUUUGUGCAAAAAACUAUUGGUGGCAGUUCACUCCAAAGGUCUUUCUAUCAAUACAGCAUAUGCAGAAGAAAUAGAGCAAUUCCUUGGGCAGAAUAUGACUACAGAUUUAUCUGAACUACUGUCUCAGUUGACCUCGUCCGAAUUGGAAGCGGUUCCCCUAGAAAACACACGUCCUAGAGUUAGAUCUGCAGCUCAAUUAGAAAGUCUCUUGGCUCAAAUUAAAAGUAAUGGUGGCAAUAAUGUUAAUCGCAUUACUAAACAACUGUUUGAAGCAUAUAUCAAGGAGAACAAUGUGGAGAAACUAUCCACCUAUUUAGAAGAAUUGGAGUCAAAUAAAUUUGAACUAUCAAAUGCAAUGUUAGCUCAAUUAGUUGAAUUUUAUUCACAAAACGACAAUAUUGAUAAGGCUCUUGAGGCAAAAGCUCAAAUUGCCAAAAAAGAUCCUGAAUUUGUGUUAAAUAAGCUAAAAACAGUUUUACUAGCUUAUGGUUUAGUAAGAGCCAAUCGAUAUGAUGAAGCUGUUAAGUUAUUGAAAGAAAACAAACCAAAUGAAAGUGAAGGGAAUGGUUUUUUGUUGAAUUCUAAAGUUUGGCAAAUGUUGAACACAUUGGCAGAACUUAAAGAGGACUCUAAAGUUCUUGAGAUGACAAAGUUAUUGAUUGAAAACAAUUACAUUGAGCCAUCAAAUGUUAUACUGGGCCCUUCUAUCAAAGUGCACUUACUUAAAAAUGAUAUAGAGAGUGCUUUACAACAGUUUGAGAAUUGUUGCAAACAAUACAGGAGUACCCCAUGGAAAGGAGAAUUAAUGAAAUCACUUAUAUUAAAAGAGGACGCUACAAAACUACAGUGGUUGGCUGACCUUAGCACACAGAUUCAUGGAGAAGUUAACAUCUUACAUGAUUUAGUACUUGCAUUCAUAGAAUGUGGUCGCUUGAGGCAAGCACGCCGAAUCUUAGAGACUCCGGGCCUGCACACAAGACAAAAACGAUUGGACGAUGCUUGCCAGCGUUAUGUUUCGGAAGGAAAGCCAGAAUUCUUGGAAGGAUUACUAGAGGCGACUAAAGAGCUUUCGCAUAUUGAUCGCUCUAAUAUUUUCUACCAUUUGCUUGUUUCUUACUGUAAAGCCGAUGAAACUGACAAGGCCCUGGGGCUAUGGACUAUUCUUCAGGAAGAAGGUGAAAUUCCCAGUGAUCACUUCUUGAUUUAUCUUGGUAAGCACCUUAAAUCAAAGAACAGGGAAGUACCAUUCAUAAUACCAAAUAAACAGGAAUCAGAUAACAAGUUAAAUGAAAAAAUAAUUGAAAAAACUCCAACACCUAAAAAAGCCCCAACAAAAACAAAAAAGGAUGUUUCUAUGAUCAUUGAGAAUAUGAUACAACAAGGGGAGGCCGCUCAAGCUAUGGAUUAUGCAGUAAAAUGUAUUGGUGACGGAAUUAUGCCACAAAAUAAAGUUUUAAAAUUCUUACUUAAGAAUUUAGCUGAAGAUGGUAAUGUGGAAAAGAUACAAUUGUUGGGCAAACAUUUAAACGAAUUAAUGAAACGAAGUGUAACUUACGACGACAAGUUGACAUUAGCCAUAUUCAGGAGAGGUGCAGGUUUCGAACAUGUUGAUGGUGUGCUUAAAGCACUCCAAGUAGCAAAUACUGAUGAAGAUGUGGAAAGAGCAUUGAGAAAAUUUCCCCGUAGCAGUGCUCUAGAUUCCGCAGUACAGAAUGACGAACUUUCAAAGAAAUGCCACGAAAUAGCAUGCUUAUCGGCAUCGAAAGGAUUUUUCCUGCCCGCUAAUUUAAUUUGGAUGGAAUACAUCUUGGCCGGGGCGAAAUCCCUAUGGUGCGUAGAGCGUACUGACGGCAACCGUAGUUUUCUAUGGAUAUUCCACGAGCCAUCAAUAACGGAAAAUGUUCAGCGUCCAAAACUUCCCUUGAUAAUCCAAGAAGAGCCCGAGCACGAACAAAGAGUUGAAGAUUUAAUUCAGAGAAGCAGCAAUGUCGUUGCCAACAUCGACGACAUAACUCUGAAGGAGCCCACAAUUCCCGAAAACCAAUUAUUAAUAAACGAUGGGUUCGGUGAGAUGCGCGAAGGCCAGUUCGGCGACCGAAGCGUGGAGGCGAUGAGGGCAGGCCGGCUCGACGUGCCGACGGAUCUGUCGCACAACCUGUCGCACAACUUGUCGCACAGCUUGUCGCACAACUUGUCGCACGACAGGACCAGACUGGCGUCGCACGACGCCGCCCUAAUGGAGAGGAUCUCUGAACACGACAUAACCAUGUUCAACAAGUAUAUCCCCGAAAUCCCCGAAAUCCCGCCUCCCGACCCGAACGCUCCUCCGAUGCCGCACGAUGAAACAGCAACUGAACUACAACCGCUAAAGGAUACGACAAGCGUAGCUAAAAAACGAAAGGCCGAAGAGGAGAUCGUUUUAGAGGAGUUGGAGCCCGAGGUGGUUGGCGCGAGGGUCAGGAGGAACCGCCGCCUGGUGGUGGACAGCCGCUGCAAGCUGGACGCGCGCCAGUUCCGCGCCCGACUGGCCUGUCCCAACAUCCACCAGCGCUGCCAGGCCAGUGCGGAUGAUGUGGUGAGAAUCCGCGUACCGGCCGUCACGUACUUCGGGCGGCCCGCGCAUGGCGGCCAGGGGCUCCGCUCCAGCCUGUCCCGGGUUCUCUCCUGGAUGUUCUCGAGGAAUCUAGCGGUCGGCGGCGGAACGCCGUUGGCCGACAGGCAAUUGGAGGAAGCUGUCACGAAGGCGGCCACGCGGGUGCAUUCGCGCUCGCAACUGGAGAGGAUAGAAGAGGAGAUAGAGGAGAUUGCGCCCCGAGUUGAGACGCAGAAAGAGAUGGAGGGAGAAGGGGGACUUGAUGUGACGAAAGCGCGAGUGGAGGAGAACAUCGAUAUCGCCGAACUACCGACUCAAGUCGUCGAUACUUUGUCGCAAGCGAGAAAACGCGCGAGCGACAGUGAACAAUUUACAAAAAGGCGUCGCACAAUCGGCUACGUCUCGUUCAAACAGAGCCAGCAGUUGCUUCUAGAGGCUUCUAUCCCUGCGCAAGAGGCCGACAAGGAGAACGUGCCGCGGAACGAGCAGCGGCCGGGCGGGGGCGGCGAUGUGGGGGCGAUGCUGCACGCGCUGGGCCUGGCGGAUGUACAGGAGCCUACUGCGGCGAGGGGCGGGAGGGGGGGCAGCGGCUCCACGGAGACGCCGCUGGGCAGCCUCGACAGGACCAAGGUGUCGCUCGGGGACUCCGAGAGGAGCACCGACUCCAGGAGGUUCAUACGCGACCAAUGGGGAACUGAAGCGACCAUGGUGAAGAUCCUGAACGGCGUCAAAGCGGGCAUGAAGCCCCUGGACGUGAGGACUCUCGUCGCAAAGGGUCCUGUGAUACCAGGUUGCCGCAGCAUCAUAGCAGCCCGUUGUUUUACCUCGGUCCUCAAAUUGAAACAGCACGGCUUCAUCCAUGUGCGCAAAGAUCCGGAGACGUUGCAAAUAGUCGACAUCGCCUUGGGACCGAAGUUCGAACAGGCCAAA